AUGAAGGAGAUCCAAGAAGAGAAGAUCGUGAAGUUGAGAAGGGAGGACGUCGCUCGCCUCGCGACGUUUUAUUCCGCGCCGGCGGCGGUGAACGCAGCGGUGACUUGGAAAAAGAAAUCGGUAUCAAUACUCUCGCCGAAAUCAGGUCGAGUUCUACGCCAAAGUAAGGAACCCAAGUCUUCUAACACAGCCGGUCUCUUUUCGAGGCUCCUGAAAGACCUCAAAAGGACCAAAGUCGCAGACUUCGAGUACCAACAGUCCAGAGUGAGGAAGAACAGCUCGUAUAAACCGUUCUGGGCUACCAAAGUUGUUGAGGAUUCGAAAGCUCCCGAAGAAGUGAAAGAUGAUGUCGCUGUCAAGAAGAGCACGUCCGUCGUGGAGAAGAGUAACUCGGUUUACACGAAAGGUUUCGUGUUUCAUAGAAACAGUGAAUCACCCACCGUCGUUGUAAAGGACGACGGGGAAGGCCCCAAAAACACAUGGUCACCAUUUAAAUUACUGCACUCAGUGGAAUACAGCAAAGUGAACAGAUUGAAACCACCACCGAAUUACAAUGGCAGCGAUAUGUUUAUGCCAACAGGGGAGAGAUUGUACUGGCUCGGCGAGACCCGCCCCACUUCUUUCGGACCAGCGACGUAUCAAGACUUCAAGGACAUACGCUCCAGGUGCCUAGCCGACGGUAGACUGUUCGAGGAUCCGGAGUUCCCGGCAAUAGACCGCAGCCUGUACUACAAGGAGAGGUUGGACCGCCCCAUCACGUGGCUCCGGCCCUCUGAGAUAUGCGAAGAUCCGCAGCUGUUCGUCGAAGGCUACAGCCGCUUCGACGUGCAACAGGGCGAGCUCGGCGACUGCUGGCUCCUCGCGGCGGUGGCCAACCUCACUCUGCAUAGGAAACUGUUCUUCCAAGUGGUGCCUGAUGACCAGAGCUUCGAUGAGGAUUACGCCGGCGUGUUCCACUUCCGUUUCUGGCAGUACGGGCGGUGGGUGGACGUGGUGAUCGACGACCGGCUGCCGACGUACCGCGGCAAGCUGGUCUUCCUCCACUCCUCGGAGAGGAACGAGUUCUGGAGCGCCCUACUGGAGAAGGCGUACGCCAAACUGCACGGGUCCUACGAGGCGCUGAAGGGCGGCUCCACUUGCGAGGCGAUGGAGGACUUCACGGGCGGCGUCACCGAGAUGUACGACAAAACAGAGCUGCCGCCCAACUUCUACACGAUCUUGCUGAAGGCAUAUGAGAGGAACUCGCUCAUGGGAUGCAGCAUCGAGCCGGACCCGAAAAUUGAUAGCGGCCGUCGCUCAGUGAACGAGCGACCA